UGGACGGAGGGUUUGGAGGACUGGAGGUGCUGAGCGGAGCUCCACAUUCGGUAUCCGGUGCGUCCUCGGCCGGCGUGGAGCAGGACUCCUUUGAAAGACAACCUCCUCCAGAACAUGCCUUGUCUCCAUGGGGACAGGACCCCAGGCAGACCCAGAAACACACUGGGACAAACUGGUCCCGCUCUCAUACCUGAUUCUGGAUUGUUCUGAAGAGGAUUUCAACUAAAUUAAAUAAAAUUGAAUGAUUACUAAUUUACACUUUUUAAGCUAUUUUCUCCUCACAUUCAGCAUAUUGGCCCCAUUUCUAUCGAGAUGAUGUCAGGGUUUUACUGAUUUUCGAUAAAGCAGCAGCAGUCCCAAAUGGGUCUGUCCUAAACCAGGACCAGGAUGCACCAGCUUUUCUGUCGGGUGCUCGGCCAGAGGGAUCUUUCCCGAGCGGGGGAUCUCUUCUCUCUGGAAGACGCAGAGAUUGAAGAUGGCCUGUCACAAGCUCUGGACCAGAUCAAGACCAUAUCCUGCUCACCGGACUAUCUGACCAAUGACAACGAUCAGGCGGUGGUAGAGAUUUGCAUAACACGCAUCACCACGGCCAUAAGGGAGACGAGCUCCAUCGAGCGACACAGCGUUGCACUGGUGGGGCUCUGGGAGUCGUGUCUGGAACAUAACCUCACGCCACAAGGUGAAAACACAGAGGACACGCCGCACGCCAAGAUUGCCUCUGACAUCACCAGCUGUAUCCUGCAGAACUACACCUGUCCCUCGGUCAUGGUGCUGGCCGUGCCGGUGGCGGUGCGGUUCCUCCAGAGAAGGAACAGGGAGCUCAGCAGGAACAUGUCCAGUUAUCUCUCGCUGGCUGCUAUAGCCAAGGCUGAUCUGUUGGCUGAGCACACAGAGGCCAUUACACUCAGCGUGCUGGGAGGUAACCACAUGCUGUUGCGAGUGUUGCCCUCAGUUUACCCCCGACAACCAGAUACCAUCCACUGUCACCUCGGCGACCUCACCACAAUGAUGACGCAGCUGGAGUCUCCAGAGCAACAGCACCUGAUCAGACUCAUCCAGAUGGUCGCAGAGCAACAUCCACUUAUGUUAAGCCCUCAGGUGCCUUUGCUGGUUGGUUACCUCAGUGACAAGUCUCUGACUGAGUCGCUACUGGGCGUGCUGGUAGACGUGUCGAAGGCCAGCCCUUCCUCGCUGGUCAGCUUCCUGCCCGUGCUGAGGACUGUGGGACACCAGUGCCCCGCUCUCCUGGGUCACGUGGCCAAAACCCACGGCGCCAUCGGCAUCAUCAGUGAGACUCAUGCUCACAGCUCGUUGGUCUACCUCGUGUCCCUGCUGGGCAGCAUGGAGCACAGCUUCCACCACACCCUGCUGCUGGAGAUCAGAGCUCUGACUGACCGUCACCCCUCUUUACUGGGAGGCUGCGGGAAAGACAUCUACAGAAUGAGCAACUCCUUCACCGCCAUAGCCAGACUGUUGGGGAGGCGGCUGGAGGAGAGCGUGGCGAUGCGUUGCAGGCUGGACGAAGCGUGUCUGCCAUCUCCCUGUGCAUCGGUUCCAGGGGGAGGAGGAGGUGGGGGAGGACGGGGGGCGGAACAGCAGCUUCAGGUGAAGAUCCAGGCCUUCGAGGAGAAGAUGGGGGAAGCUAGGGCAGAGGAGGAGCUGGAGGAGGAGUCCCCUGCCUCCCUGCGACGCUACAGCUUGAGCCAAGCCGUCAGGGAGGAGAGACGAGAGAUGCGAUUCAACAGGUCAAAGAGCCUGGCCCUCCACGCUGUGCACUCACGCUCCAUCACCUCAGACGCCGGGGUGGACGGUGAUGGAGUGGAGCUAAGUACGGACAACAUCUCUCCCAAUACUUUGACUAAUCAGCAAACAGGAAACCAGGAGGCGCCACCUACCGACAGGAAGCGGACCCCUGAAGACUCCGUGCCCGUCGCCCCCGCGGUCCAGAGAGGGGUCAGAGAGGCAGGGAAAGGUGAAGGCAGAGAGGAGGAUGGAAAGAUGGAGGAGCAGGACGAGGCCGACCGACUCUUCGUCCAUUUAAGAGACAACAUGGAGACGAUCAGAGCGUUCUGUAGAGACGUGGUGCGGCAGAUCCCAGCACCAGAGCAGUGUGUGAUAGAAGAUUCAAAUCGAGGCUGUGUGGCCAAGCUGUCGUUCUCCUGUCCUCUGAAGGGCCACUACUGCCUGUACGCCAAGUCCUGUUUCAACCUGACCAGCCGACAGCCGCAUCUCUGGAUCCGCAUGAUGCUGCUGCAUCUACAGAGUAAGUCGAGUGUCCCUCUGUGCUCCAGGGACGAGUGCGUCCAGAGACUGGCUUCACUUUGGGAGAAGACACAGUUGAAGGGGGCUCACAGUUUCCCCAUGGCUAUGACACAGCACAGCACCCUGCACAGGACGGACCUGGAUAGUCUUCAGAUCCAGCUGGAUGAGGUGCGAUUCUUCGACCUGUUUGGAUACAGUGAGGAGGAAGGAGGCUGGCUCUGCUUCAUGUGUAACAACCCUGAGAAGGCCACAGUGGUGAACCAGGAGGGACAGCCUCUGAUCGAGGGGAAGCUGAAGGAGAAGCAGGUCCGCUGGAAGUUCAUCAAGCGCUGGAAAACCCGCUACUUCACCCUGGCAGGGAACCAGCUCCUCUUCCGCAGAGGCAAAUCAAAGGAUGAGCUGGAGGAUAUUCCUAUUGAGUUGAGCAAGGUGCAAAGUGUCAAGGUUGUGGCCAAGAAGCGUCGGGAUCGGGGUCUGCCACUGGCCUUUGAGAUCUUCACCGACAGCAAGACGUAUGUGCUCAAAGCUCAGGAUGAGAAGCACACAGAGGAGUGGCUGCAGUGCAUCAACGUGGCCGUGGCUCAGGCCAGAGAGAGGGAGAACAGAGAGGCUACCACCUACCUGUGAGGCCGACACACAGACACAACGUCAAACGCAGACAUCAAUCACCGGCGAGUGUGGUUCUCUAGCGGUUUGUCAUUUUUUAAGCACUUGUAAACAACCAACAGAGCUGUCUCUGAGGAGGGAAACACAACACAACACACAACAAAUACAUACAUAUAUAUAAAUAAAUACUUCUAGUAGCACUUCAGUAGCACUAUAACUUCAUAUGUGUAACUGGUGGUAUCGAAUUUCUUCUCCGAUCAAAUGCAGUAUUUUGUUUAAAUAAGAUUUAUUCAACCAGCAGUUUAAAAAGUUGUUACAUAUUUAAACAUACUGACUCCCAAUACUUUACUGCUGCACUAGUAACCUUCUCAUGAUGAGAAUCAUAUACUGGACUUGUGUAGUGGUUAUAAAUGAAUGUUACAGUAUAACAGUGUUAAAGACUGAUGUGUUAAGAAAGAGAUCCUCAGCAGAUUGGAUCAUUCACUUCAAACCUCUGCUUGAACCCGGGGACUGCUGAACUGCUGAGAGACGCAACAACCAAACAAAUCAGCAUCUACACAAACUUCAACAAGGCAAUAAAGACUUGUUGCAACACUGAGACUGAACAGAUGCUGGAGAGGAGCCUAAUGGACCAAUGGGAAGGAGAUACGACACUGGAAUUUAUUGUGUGUGACAGAGAGAAUGAUGCAGUCUUAAAAAAUACCUCUUAAGCUUUUUAUUUUCUGUCUUAUAUAUACAUAUAUAUAAUGUUACAUUGAUGUUCAUAUUAACUGUGGCCAAAGUUUCAAGACUAAAAUGUAAAAAACAAUCUGUGUGACAAAUCUCUGAAAGCUAGCUUUCCAACAGUUUUUCUACUUUUUUGACAGAUGUCAGCCCGUCAGUUUUUUUUAAACCAAGUCCAAGCCAACUGGUUCUCCCCAAACGGCCCCUUGAGUAGCAUUAAAAGAUUUUAAUGUAUAUGUACAAAUAUUAGAGAGUCCUGGAUUACUAUCCUGUUAUUUGGUGGGGGGAUGGACUGCUGUAAAAACAUUUAACACUGAGCCAAACACUGGACUUGAUACUGUAUUUUACCACCGACUCAGUAGGGGUUCCUGAUUGGAGCAUAAUGAGACUGGGUUAGCCAAUUAAUUAGAGGGUCUCCAGUCCACAUGGUGGCAGUAAUGAACUCCUAAAUGUUUGUCAACUGCCAAUAAUCUUUAAAUAAAGAUUAAUAAAGUGAAGCAGCAUCACAAUCAUUAGGACUUAAACAGCAAAACAUUGUGUUCUUAUAUCUCACAACAUAUAUUUAAAUUUGUUCCAAAAUGAUGCCGUAUAGACACAGUUAUGUUUUGUUUGAGACGACCAUUUUAAGUUCAACAUGUUUCCUGUGCUUAACCUCCUGUAAUGUAAAAAGUGGCUAUAGACCGAAGUAGAAGUGAUAUCUCUAUGCAGUUGUGUUCCGUCCCUUUAAGGAGCACAUGUUGUUGAUUUGCAUUAAUUGUUAUUCACACAGCUGUUGCAUCUAUCAUUCCUGUCAACUUCGUGUCCUGUUGAAAAAAUCUGGUGCUUGUCACACAAAGAGGAGGGCAACAGGUUUGUGCCCAUCGAGGAUCAAACCUGUGAUCUAUUUAGUGACCAGCAGCAAGUGUGUUUGUCAGUCUGUCCUCGAGUUGGGCUUCUUGUUCAUCCUCUCCAUGUCAACCUUGGUCUAGGUCACAGAUCCUAAUUCAGCAAUACACUUCUAUCGGGAAUAAACAUGAGUGCAUUAGCCGACAUGGUUAUCAGAGACAUUGGUUAAAGAUGACAUCCACAUUUUAAGGGUUAUUCUGAAUUCUAAAACUUAUUGACUCUGUAUUUUUGCUUGUUUUGUGGACUUAAAUACCGUCAUUGUUUGAUACUAAAUGAAAGCAGUUGUGUGUCAUGCAAUAGCCUCCAAACAUUCAUGGACAUGCUGGUCCUCCAAUUAGGAUUUAAACAGAGACCCAACUGAAUAUAAUCAGCAUAAAGAAGGUGCUUUGACUUGCAAAGAGAAAAACAGUCACUGACAUGAGACCAAAAAAACUGUGCUGAGGUCAAAAUAACACCAGUAAUGAACAUUUCCCAUCAUCCUAUCAGUGUUAAUGACAUUAGGACAAACUGUUGAAUGCAGUCAAUGAACAACCUGAGAGAAAGAGGUUAUACAUGCUGUGUGUUUCCAAAACAGAUAUAAGCUGCAUGACGACAACUGGUUCCAGACACAAGAGGCAUCUUGGAAAUAGGCCGACUAUUCAUUGGCAGGAUGGGAUGUAGAUAUUUCUAAGCAAAGACUGAAACUAUAGCAUGUUUAACCUGGCUCAGGACAGAGCACAGUGUAAAAGGAGGGAGUAUUGAUUCAUGGCUACAACAGUCGAGCCAAUUGAAUUAAAGUAUUUAAAAACAAAGAUGACGGAAGAACGUCAAGGGACAGUUUAGUGACGUCCUCGCGGGAAACAGGACAAAAGGAGUCCAGCAGGAAACACCAUUGGAUGGUUUGUUGAAGGAGGAAUACUUCGUGUCCACAGAACAUUUAAGAAGGCUAUGGUGUUAAAGUGUCACAGAAGAAAGACACUUGUGCAGCAGUAGAUUGUCUCCUAAGAAGAACUUUGGUUUUCUUUUGCUUUAACACCCCUCAUCUUUUUAUUCAAAGUGAAUUAAAGCCUUUUAAAUGCAGCCUCUAGUUUGGUUGCUUGUCAUGAACGAUUUUGUUUCCCUACAACAUUACAGAUGUUUUCCAAUUCAGCCAGCAUUUAAAUGCAUCUCCCACAUGUUUAACUAUUAACAGGAGCGUUGAUAGGUCCACUGUUAAAAGGAAAGCCACAAUAACAAUCAUGAUGAGUCAGAGUAAGCGAUUUAUUGACUAUUGUGACUCACAGAAUACAACAGAAGGUUCUCAACAUGUGGGCGAGGGAGGGACAAAGUGAUUGAGUGUCAAAUAAACUGAAAUUAACACAACAAAAACAAAGCCUAACCGAUUCCACCACUAAAACCAAAAUGCAAACAAAAGGCAGAGCCGAUCUAAAAAAAGAACUUCACCAAAACAUUACAAGAGAAGCACAGACUUCUCAGGUCAGACAAACUCCUCGGGUGUGCUCCUUAUAUUGAGGGCCUGGGUGUUGAUUGGCCAACUGGGAGUCUGGGGAGCCAAUCAACAGUAAAUACCAGAGUUUACAGGUAGACUUCGAUCAGCUCAUGGAUUGAAAGACACAAUUGUUAGUAUACUUUUAUUAGCUUCACUCACAUGAUAUUUCUUUCAUGUAAAUAAUAUGUGAUGUAUAAAUCCAGUGUUAUUUCAAAAUAACAAUUUGUAUCAUGUUCUUUACUUGGACUGUAUUCCGUAUUGGUAGCCAGCAGGUAAAGAUAAAUUACUGGGGGUUCAUAAACGUUUCUUCCAACACAUGUUAAAAAGAUAUUAUGAGCCAAUUUCCCUUGUGAAACCAGCCCCUUACAGGGUCUGUGCAGUCAUCAGAUGUCUGUGAUUUUGCAAUCUGUCCUAUAUGGUCCGGCCUAUUUCUGUCUUUCCAAAAUGAGAAACGUCUGCAGCAAUUUUCUCCGUGUGUUAUGUUGAGCGAUGUCAGCAUGAUUGUUGCUUAAUAGCGGAGAUUUCUAAGAAAACAUUCAAGUAAAUGAGUGGUUUCCUUGUGGUAUUAGGAACUGGGCCAGUUCAUUCGUAUUGAUUUAGGAUGAUCCACUGGAGGGUUCUGUUUUGAUAGAAACUGAAGGUGAUCCGUCGUUUUAAAAGCCCCUUACAGAGGUCAGAGAUUAAAAGCCAAUGUUUUUUUUCUCUUCGGAUGACAUGGAUGUGGAGAAUGAGAGUACAACUUUGAACUAAUCUGCCUUUUUGCUACCCCUGUGUGUAAAGCUACGAGUCCCUUAUGUUAUUCACUAUCCACGAGGCCGAAGACAAACGUUUCUUGACCCAGUUAAACACAACUGUCAUGGUUGGCCAUGGCAAAUCAAUUAUGACGCACAACGUCUGAUUUUGAUCCUUAUCUGGAUCCGCAUCUGAGGUGUUUCUGCCCACAGGUGAAUGCGUAACUCCCCUUGUUUGGAAUGAAAUGCUCUUGGUUUAGGAUAAAUAUGUAAAGAAGCAUGAAUGUUCAGAGUGUUUUGAAACUGCCUGAGGUUGUCUUGACCUCAACUGUGGAUGGGAAAGCAGAUUGUCUUUGUGCUCUGGCUGAAACCCUGUGUACAUACAGUCAUUACACAGCCUUUCCCACUGGGUCAGGUUGCCACUUCAGAACUGAGCUGCAUCUGCUAACAAUGUAAUAUUAUUUACAUAAAGCCUCUCUGCAAGAUGAGUCCCUCCUUCCCAUUUUAUGUGGAUGGAUGACCUAAAUACACAACUGGCCGUGAACCCCUAAGUCAGGGGGAAUUCCUGCAUGACUGCAAUCAAAUCUUUAACAAAAUGAACCAAAAUCUGCUUCAAACAACUCGAGCACUGGCUGGAUUUAAUUCCUUCCUGAUAUUUCUUGCUCCCAGAGGAUGAAUCUUACAGACUUUGACGACUUUACCUCUCACACCACCAUGAAGUUGAUAUUUGUGUUUUUUAGUGAAAUCUCUUGGAUGAUCUGUCAUGAAAUCAAGUCCAAGCCACACGGCCUCUGGUUUAAAACAACAUAAUGCAACUUUUUUACCUUAAAUAUCAGCUAUGAAAUUGGUCUGAUGGUACGUCGACUUGGAAUAGGGAGAAUGGUUUUGCUUGAAUUCCCACUCCUCAACCCGAACGGCUGUUUGUGCUCAAUGUAACUUUGGUGAGUGAGUACAAUCUCCAGUGAGAAGUGUGGAGCUGACUGGGAGUCGCAGAAUCUGACCCCUCACGUGAUGCUGAGCUGUAGAUCAGAUACAAAGACAGACAGGUCAUUAAAAAACAGCAUUUAUCAUAAUUAAUUACAUAAACUUUAAAAUAUGAAGAAUUCUAAAUAGAGUUUGGUGUAUUUUUUACAGCAGAGGAAUCACAAGUAAUAUCCACCACUCGGUGGUGUUUCAGUUCGGUGACUACGCUCAACAGAUUCUUUUCUCUCAAGAUGAAAACCACUUAUCUCUCCAGCACGGGGCCCAACAGAAUCAAUCCUCACCUGUGGCUGCAGAGGGCGCUGCUGCUCAGUAAAAGUUACAUAGCGUUGCUUUAAAUCUUGAGUUUAAUUUAGAUCAUCGGGACAUUAAGUCACUAAUAGACACUGUUAUUCACACAUGGGGAUAGUUGUAUACUAUAACUACUAACAUACAUCUCCAAACACACGCAAUUCAUGUGUAGCUGCUGUAACAUUAUAUCUUCUCCCAUCCUUCACUGCUCUGGCACGCACUCUACUGUGAAUGUACCAUGAAGCUGACUUUACCCUCUUUUUUUGUUAUUGGAAGUGAAUGUCUGAUCAUGUGAAUGUCAAAGUUUUCUCACAGUAACAAUGGGAACACUGUCUGCUGUCAUGCUGCCGUGGUGGCCAAGUUUCCAGGCCUGUGGGGCCAAACAUCUCGAGCCAAAAAGCUAUUGUUUGAGGGUACAUUCCUCUUAAUGAAAUGCAUUUGUAGGCAGCUCGCUAGUUGUUGCACCAGUGUGGGCUCCAGUCUACACCUCAGCAAAAUCUCAGGCAAGAUGUAGAGCAGCUCCUUAGAAGAUUCAAUAAGAUUCAACUCAACAGAAUCUAAACUCUUGUCUCCACACGGGGUCAUUGGUCAUUUGUGGGGUUCUGUUGGAAUGUGAGGUCCAAUUUCACACAAACUAACGUAUAUAUUUUUACUUUUUGUAUCAUCACAGGGAACAAAGGUAAAAUCUGAAUACAUUCAUGUUUCCAUCAACUCAACGAACUCCUGGGUUAAGAGUUAACAUUGUUCUCUCUGGCGAUAAAGUAAAGUAAUAUUUCACACUAAACAUAGCGUAAGAUAAACUCUACAAUGUUAUCUGGAUAUUUGUAUCCAACACAAACAAAUGUUACAUUUCAAAUGUAUAUAUUUUCUGUUGAUAUGAUUACUGUUGCAACAAUCUGCCGAUGCUUGGGUGUGAAGUUAAAGAUGCAGAUCUAUCUAUCUAUCUAUCUAUCUAUCUAUCUGUAGAUCAUUCAUCUCAGACUGGAGAACAUUGAGCUGUUCUUCUUAAUUCUUUAAAGCACAAUGACAUUAUAUAAUAUUUACAUUGCAGUACAUACAGUGCAGAUACUGAUGAUGGAAACAUACUUUAUUUUGUAUGUGAAUGUCAUUAAACUUACUAUUCAAGUCUAUGAAUGUAUUCAAAGCAUUUUUUAGCAUUAAUAUUAAACUAAAUAAUAGUAGUAGAUGUAGUGUUGCUAAAUAACAUUUGAUUUUUGAUGUAUGCUUGAUAUUUAUUUUUUACACUUCAAUCAUGUGAGGGACAAAUACUAAAGUCUUACCAUUGAUUUUUUUCAUAUUACUAUGAAUUAAUAGUGCACACAGAUUAUUGUUGUAUUAUAAUGAGGAUUAAACUGAUAUUCUUAUAGAUUCUAUAUCUGCCUGUUGCACAUUUUGCAUGUCGGGACUCUGACACUUUUUGCUGACAGAAUUGUACAAUAAAUCUAAAACAGUGAAAUCAAUGAGUCUCUCUCUGUCUUUUUCAAAACUGGAUUUCAUUUAGCUCUCAUCAAGUUAAGAAAUAUUACAAAUUCGAUGAUUGAAUAUACUGAAAAAUGAUUUCCUGGAUCUUCACAAGGGUAAAACUAGUUGAACAAAGUGGGGAACUGUUUCUGCGUGAUUCCAGCUUUAGCUAAUUUGUCCAGUACAAGUCCCUUAUUGAGUCGGCCUCAGCAAGUCUUCCCCACAGCGAUCUGUCGCUCACACUGAGAAAUACCCAGUAUCUCCCACUAAUGUCCUGGAGAUCAUUACAAUGUAAAUCAGAAGUGGAACAUCAGUGUAAAGACUAAGAGCUAAAAACUAAACAGAGCCACGCACAGUGGUAUAAGUAAGAAAAUGUUCCAAAAUGUUUUCAAAAAUGGUCACUGAGGACCA